AUGGCUGGUCCUUCUCCGUCACCGCACAAGCCUCGUCGCAAGGCUAAUACCAAGAAACCUGGCAAUGGCAAUGGCGGCAGCGAAAAGGCCCCUCGCACAGAAGCCCUAGUACGAGCGCCCGCGUUCCCUCUCGCAGCGUUUCUGUGGCCUGCGCGAACUUCUUUGUCGCAAUGGGAGGUUCUGCCCGUGAUUCUCAUGGUGGUCGGUCUUUUUCGAUGGGCUGCUGGCCUGUGGGGAUAUUCUGGGUUCGGCAAACCGCCCAUGUUUGGAGACUACGAAGCGCAGCGGCAUUGGAUGGAGGUCACGACACAACUUCCCAUAUCGCAAUGGUAUUUCCACGAUCUUCAGUGGUGGGGUCUCGACUAUCCUCCCCUGACGGCCUACCACAGCUGGCUUCUCGGCAAGAUUGGCUCUCUCAUCGAUCCCUCGUGGUUCGCGCUCUUCACCUCCCGAGGAAGCCAGGACCCCAACCUCAAGAUCUUCAUGAGGGCAACAGUCAUUAUCUCGGAGUAUCUCAUCUACGUCCCAGCCGCCAUAGUCUUCGUGCGACGAUAUAGUAGACUUCAAGGGGUCACUAACUGGACAGCAUGGCUUGCGCUCGUCGCAAUCCUGAUGCAGCCUGCCACCAUUCUUAUCGACCAUGUUCACUUCCAGUACAACACCGUUAUGCUCGGAUUUGUCAUGGCGAGCAUGUCGAGUAUGCUGGCUGAGCGCUACAAGUGGGCUGCUGUCUUCUUCGUCGGCGCGCUGGGAUUCAAGCAGAUGGCUCUGUAUUAUGCCUUCAGCGUCUUCUCCUAUCUUCUCGGCCGCUGCUUUUACCCGCGACUUAACUUUACCAGACUCUUUGGAAUCGCCCUUGUAACGGCUGUUUCCUUUGCUAUCCUAAUUCUGCCUCUGGUUCUUGGUACACUCUACGACAAGAGCCAGGGCAUCGAUGCUCAUGGAGAUUCCAAGGAUUCUCCUUCACUUCCUCUAUUUCCUCAGCUAGUUGAGAUUCUAGACACCAAAGCCUUUUACUGGCCUAUCGUGGAACAGAUGGUCCAGAUGGUUCACCGUGUCUUCCCAUUCGCGCGUGGCUUGUUUGAGGACAAGGUAGCCAAUUUUUGGUGCGCCGCCAAUGUUGUUAUAAAGCUCCGACAGUGGCCAACAGCUCUUCUCCAAAAGGCAGCUCUUGGUGCUACUCUUGGUUCGAUUAUCCCACCUAACAUUAUCCUCUUCCUGCGACCACGAAAGUCCACACUUCCUUUGGCUUUUGCUGCCACAGCUUGGGGCUUCUUCUUGUUCAGCUACCAAGUGCAUGAGAAGAGUGUCUUGCUUCCAUUGAUGCCCAUGACCUUACUUCUGGCUGGAAAGCACGGGUUGAACAAGGACACACGAGCUUGGGUGGGCUUCGCCAACCUUUUGGGAGUCUGGACUAUGUUCCCUUUGCUCAAACGGGUCGACCUGAGAGUUCCAUAUGCGGUUUUGACCCUCCUCUGGUCCUACCUGCUCGGCCUCCCACCGACCUCUUUGAGCGCCUACUUCCAAGAAGGUCAAGCUGCCUGGCUGCAAUGGUGCACGGCAUUACUGCAUCUGCUGUUCUAUGUCGCCAUGGGCGCGUGGCAUGUUCUUGACACAUUUGUAACACCACCUGUUGAUAAGCCCGACCUCUGGGUCGUGGCAAAUGUUGGAAUUGGUGCUGCAGGCUUCAUAAUCUGCUAUCUUUGGUGCUUCUUCAAGCUUAUCCAAGAGAGCGACCUAUUGCCUGGAGGCUCAUCAAGUAAGAAGGAUAAAAAGAGCAAGACCUUGUAG